AGAAGAUGUUGGACUACCUUUGUCAGACCGGGAACAGGCCAUGGCCUGGGCUUUGGCCACAUUUUUUCGGCAAGUUGGCAUCCCUAAGACUCUCCUAACAGUGCUAUUCUAGAACGAGUGCAAAGCUUCAUCAUGAAGGACAAGCGAAGCUUAAAGUUCCCAGGCUCUCGGUCUAGCCGUGCCAAGGUUGUGAAAAACCACCAGUUCAACCUUCAGCACUUUUAUAUACCCACAUAUUGUUCAGAGUGUUCUGGCUUGAUCUGGGGAGUAGGCUACCAGGGCUUUCUUUGUCAGAGCUGCGAUUUGACCGUGCAUAAGCAGUGUGUAGAGGAGAUGGUAGAGGUGUGUGGUGGAAAGAAACGAGGGGCAGGCAAGCGAGCCUCUGCAUUUAUUCCUGUUCUCAACCCCCGUAAACCAGGCAGCAUUGCAAACCAACUGACUGAUUUUCUAGGGCAGGGAGUUCAACCCGAUGCGCGUAGUCCACCACAUACGGUCCAAGAUGGGGGCUAUGCUUCUACACAGCCUGUACGAAAAGAAGAUGAUCCUGAACUUGCCCAUAUCCUUCAUAUCAUAGCUGGCAUAUCCACGGAGCAUUCGGUCCGAUCCAUCAUCAACCGCUAUGAGAUGGCCAGCCCAACGGGACCUGGACCUGGGCAAGGAGACGACACAAAGAACUCUCGAGACAGGAAAGGCAGUGCAGAUCUCAGCCGCUCUGAAAGUCUAAAGGGCAAAGGGGAGAAAGGAGACCGUCCUGCAAGGAGGGCAAAAAGUGAUGUGGAUAAGGAUGAAAUGUUUCGUGCCAUCAACCAGUCUGGCAGUUCAUCAGCAUCUAGCCUGUCAAAUCGGAGCGCGGAGAGUCCCAGCACAUCUUCAGAGUAUGUAAAUGACUCUGUAGCUAAGACAGAAGAUGAUUCUGAUUUUGAAGUAGAAGAGUUACCGUCCUUGAAACAGGUUUUGGGAGAGGAAGUGUUGAAGAAACUAAAGCCAAAGGAAAAGAAGCGGCAGGAGGUCAUCAAUGAGCUAUUCCACACAGAAAGAGCACAUCUGCGAAACCUCAAGGUCUUAGACCGACUGUUCUACCGUCAGAUGCUAAGUGAAGGAGGAGGUGUUAUCAAAGUUCUGGCUCAGGCAUUGUUUCCCAACAUAGAUGAAAUUAUAUCAUUGCAUGCUUCUAUGAACAAGCAGAUGAAAGAGAGACGUCCUCCUAAUGGCCCAGUUGAAGAUGUUGGAGACAUCCUUCUCAGUCGAUUUGACAACGAAGAUGGGGAGACUUUUCGAAAAGCGUGUGCGGAGUACUGUCGAAAUCAAGCAUAUGCCCUAGAGGAGCUGAAAAAGCAGAAGCGAAAAGAGCAACGUCUUUCCUUACUUCUCUAUGAGGCAGAGGCCAGUCCUUUGUGUCGCAAGCUGGAACUUAAAGACAUUGUGCCUUGUCAGAUGCAGCGGUUAACCAAGUAUCCCAUGCUGAUUGAGAACCUCAUGAAGUAUACUUCAACCACCUCUCAGGAGUACCCGAGGUUAGAAAGGGCAUUGGAGCGAAGCAAGCACAUUUUGGCUUACGUCAAUCAAGCCAUCAGGGAGUGUGAGAAUUACCACAAGCUGAGAGACAUGCAGAAGCGCCUGGACUGCCGGGCCAUUGAUAGCUCCACUGACCCUAACCUCACGGGGUUCAAGGCUCUUGAUCUUACCAAGCACAAACUGGUGUAUGAUGGGCCUCUCGUGUGGCGUUUACGAUCACAUCGUCAGAUUGAGCUGCAAGUGCUACUCCUUGAAGAUAUCCUGGUGCUGCUUCAGCGGGUUGAUGACAAACUGGUGCUUAAAUGCCAGUCCACUAACACUCAGACCAGUGGUACUGAGUACAAAUACACUCACAGUCCUGUCCUCAAACUUCAAAACCUAUUGGCCAGAAAUGUUGCUACAGACAAAAGAGCAUUCUUUGUCAUCAACACAUCUGACACUGGACCACAGAUUUAUGAGUUUGCUGCUCCAUCAGCGGAUGCCCGUAAAAUGUGGUGCAAGCAUAUUAAUGAGAAGGCAGAGGAGAUCAAGAAGAUAGAGAAACAUAUUGGCAGGAGGCCGCAAAUGCUUCCAACUGACGAAGUUACUGUGCGAAAUCGGGUGUAUGGUUCUUCAGCAACUCCACCACCUUCAGAGGUACAAGCAGUGGAAGCAGUUCCAAAGCCUAGUCAGUCCGUUCCAGAAGAGGAGGGCAUUAUUGCAACUCCAGCAACUGAGUACCCAUCAGUGCUUAUCCAGCCAGACCAGAUCAGUGUGUCUGGGGCUGUCACCACCCAGGCCACUCCAGUGUUAUCUCCUUUUGAGAGGCUGCGAAGGAAUGACCAAUUGAUAGAAUCAGCCUUGAGUGAGAAAGAAAAACUGGUGGCAGAGGUGCUGCACUUGUCCCAGAAGCAGUAUCAUCACUUGUCCCAGAGGGAAAUGACAAGUUUGGACGAGGAUGAAUAUGCGGAGCAGUCACUGAUCAUCUCAGGCAUACAGACCUGUAAUGGCCUGAUUCAGCUCAUAUCAUCAUGUGCUUCUAGUCUGGCAUCUGUCCCAGAACAGCAUGGGUCCCUAACAAGUCCUGGAACCCAAACCAGUUCACAUCCGGAUCUCACAUCCACUCCGUCACAUCAAGAGCAGAAGGCCACAGUGCCUGUCCCCAUGGACCAGCUUCGCAACAUGGCUCAAGACAUGAAUAGUAUCCUGUCAAACCUGCUGACGGUCAUGAACACAAGGGGAGCAGAGAGACAAUCUUUGCGGCAAGAGCUGAAGGCAGCCCAAGAUCAGCUAGAUAUGCUCAAGGCCAUUCAAAAGCAGAUGUUAUUUGGCCCUGGCACUUCGCCCAAAUCGCGGCCUGACAGCUUUAUCUCCAUGACCUCUUCAAUCUCUGAGACAGGGGAGGCUACUGACAGCGAGCAGACAGAAGAUGAUUCUGGCUCAGUGCUGAAGGUAGCCCAGACUCAGGUGCUAGCCCAAGAAGAGCUUGUUGAGGCAGUGGUGGAGACAGUCACUUCACUGGAGGCCAAGGUCCAGCCACAACUGGCACUGGCUGCACCAGUUCCUCACCAGCAGAACAUGGAAGAUGACAGCGAUGAUGGAUAUGAAAUGAUUCCCAGGAACCUGCCUCUGCCAGAUGAUGCCAGUGUCCGGUCGGACAUGACAGUGGAGGUCGCCGGGGAGGAAGAGUGUUCAUCCUCCUCUGCUGUGGAUGAAACGCUGUCUCAAAUUUCGACAUUUUCGACAUCCUCUUCAGAAACUGUGACAGUUGUGCCCUCAGUACCAAUGACAACAGACCUAGAUGAAGGGGUUGAGGAUGGUCCCUCCACCCCAACUCCUUCCCCUACCUCUGUAGCCAUGACAACAGUGUCAGAGGGCAGUGAGUUAGGGGAACAAAGGGACAGUGAUUUAGAGGGGAUGGAUGUGGACGAUGCAUCUAUGACACCUGCUCGGGAUAGCUCAGGUGAAGACCCUUCUGUGCAUUCAGUAGGACUGGACAACAAUGUAGAGGAGAAAACAGAUGGUAGCUUCCAACAAGUGGAUAACCAGGCCAACAAUAACAAUACUAGCAGCUUGAAUGCUGACAUGACCGUCCCCAUAGAAAUCUAGCAGUCGACGUCUUUCAUCCUUUGGAAUUCACACGAGAACAAGCCAGGUGUUAACUGGUAUUAUAGCAAGAUUAUACCCACAACGCCGCUCCUUUUGUUCAAAACAAAAAGAAGACCCUAGCUUCAAGAAGUGCUUUGAUGGUCCUGCUUGAUGUGCAUGCACAACUUAACAGUUGUCUUGGUUAUGUGCUAGCACAGGAGGCGUAAUUACUCAGAACAGUAUCAUGUCUGUGAACAGCAAAUCUACGUGGACCUCGAGUGUGCUAGCAAUGCUGGUGCUUUUGCAGUGUGAUGUUCCCCAUCUUCCCCACUCUUCGUCUAUAAGCCAGUGCAAGAAAAGAAAAAAUAUAUUUACACAUUUUUGUGUCACCUGCAAGUAUGCAGCAGACUACGCACAUGUGACUACAUGUUUGUAACCCAGUUCCAGGCACUAUGUGGAUAGCUAGAGAAGCACUUGUGAUGGCCGUGCAUACCCGUUGGUAGCUUGCCUGCGUAAAAACAUUUCAUGCAAGGCCAUUCGGUGCUUUCCAUUGAAGAUGCAGCAAUAGAAAAGUUAUAGUCACGGCAGAAUUCACUGCAAAAGGAAUCGCUGGCAGAUGAACAGAGCAGAAAGGCUGGCCUUCCAACCAGGUGUCCCCUUUUCUUUGCCCCAGAGCAACUGCCUUGCUUCACCACGUCCGGUAUUGAGAAGAGUCUUUUGACUGCCACUGUGUACAAGUUUUGAUGGUAUUCAGUCAGCACUAUUUUCCACGUGUAUUCCACAUAGGUCUUUUUCCACCUUCCCCACCUUGGGUCUGGAGGCUUGUCAUCAGGGUUUGUGGAGAAAUGAAAAGACCUGAAGUGGAGCGUCGUGGGUGCCCAGUGCCAUGCUAAUGCUUGGUCCUGUCAGUUCUCUUACCAGACUGGGGCUUGCAGCUGCAGCUUGUAAUUUUUUGACUGCUCAGCUUUUGAGCUGUGAACAUGUGAUGAUCGCAGGCGGCUGGGCCAUGCAACUGAGCACAGACAUACCCCUUCCCCCCACACACACCCCUCAUCUUUAAGCAGACUGCAGUUGGUGUUUGAAAAGGUGGUGUCCAAUAGAUGUUAGAUUUCCUAGCAGCAUUAUUGCUAUUUCUCUCUGGCUUGGCCCUGAGAAGAACAUGUAUUGACAUUUGUUAGACUGGAAAUGGUAGCACUAGACACUUGUCUCUCAAGUCAUCUUCCAUCUUCUUCCUCUGUCUUUCAUCCUCACUGUAAGGUUCUUUUGUUGUUUUAUGCCAUUUUGUGAAUUUAAAUUUUCCCAAUUCAGGACUCAAAAACCUUAUUUGUCAAGUUUUUGGAUGUCUUGAAGAAGGGAGACAACUUUGAGGACAAAAAUAUUUAGUAACUAUACCUUAGAUUUGAAGCCUCAGGCUUGUGUUUGUUUGCAAAGUGGAUCUUGCAUUUCAAAAGAAAAAAAUAUAUAUAGGAAACAAAAGGGACAAGCAGAAGAGCUGAAAGAAAAGACAGAAGAAGAGUGUUCAUCAUGCUUAAGUCCACCUCAGGGAUUGUAAUCUUUGCCUUGAUGGAGGGUGCAGAAGGUUGGGCUGUUUCAUUGUGCCAGCCUGUUCGUAUCUAGGUUUUCUUAGUGUACCUGUUAUUUAGCAACAAAUGUGCCUGUGGGUUUUUCCUGACAUGCCUUUGUGAGUUUAGGUUGCUGUUUUUUCAGUAAUUUUACCUCUAAAAAUGACAUUCUUUUACUGUCUGCAUAUUGUGCUGCAAGCAAAAUACUAAAGAAUGCCACAGUGCACUCCAUGUAUCUCUCACUUUUUUCUGUCUCACACUCACACACAAAAAGCAAAGUUUGAUGAACAGAAAUUAAGUUCAACAUAAUUUUAACCAUGCAAAUGUUACCCAUUAUAUUAAAACAGGAACAGUGAAACCAUCCAGAACAUUAAUAACCUUUAAAAGAUGUUCUGCUGUUUUAUUUUUGAACAAAAAGGUGUCUUCCUGUCCGUUGACAUCCAGUGACAUCCUAGAGGCAUAUAGUUGUACCCUUUACUUUAGGUGCAUUUACAGAUCUACUUCUUUAUAACGUUUCUUUCGAUUUUUAGGCGAUCUCAUAAUCUCUCACUCAUGCCAGAUGCUUGCAAGCACAAAAGACUUGGGCACUAAUCAGCAAGUAUGUGGAAGUGCAUUCCGUUUUUUUUAAAAUCAUUAUUAAUCAUUUCUUCCCCUUCCCCAACAAGAGAUAAACCAGCCUGGUCAUCAGUUGUGCACCCUCAAAGCCUGUUGCAGUUGAGAGAAGCUAAUACUUUUGUUUUGGGUUGUUUUUUUCCAAAUUUUCUUCUCUUUAUGUCCCUUCUCUCUCUCCUGUCUUCCAUUUUGAAAUGUUUUUGAGGGACUGGGAGGGAAAUAAGAGAUAUAGUACAACACAAUGAUAGAUGAAAUCACCAAAUUUGCUUUGUUUCAUUCCCACGUACAUAUCACUUCCAUAAUCUGUCUUCAUGCUUUGAGGUGGUGCUUGUUUUUGGUUGUUUAUUUAUUUUAUUUAUUUUUUUUUUUGAAAGGGGGGGGGGGGUGUUUACUUGUUCUCCAUGCUGAUUUUUUUUUUAUUUGUCGAUAAAGUAUAAUUGGAGUUUUUAAAGAGAUAGCUCCUGCUGCAGGGAUAGAACAUGAUUAAACCAUUCCCUCCCAUUUUGCACCACACUGUCUUUAUUCCUAUCGUCCUAUCAGGGUUAGGAUGGUGUGCUUCAUUGCACUUACCGCCACUGCUGAUAGGCACCACAAAUAUCGCAUAUGAUGAUGUAGUGAUUCGCAUGUUUGGCUGAUAGCAAGAUCCCAGUAAUGACCCUACUGAGAAACUAUCCUUUUUUAAAUUGUGUAAGAAGUGAAAUGAAAGUUACCCGUCUUUCUCUCUACCAUGAUGUACAGAUGUAUGUAGUUUUAAUGCACUUACACCCGUUACAUUCUGCUAAGGUACUACCACGGAGAUGUACUUUAUGUGAUAUAAUCUUUUUUUUUUUUUCAUGACAUCCUGGCUUUUUUUUUUUUUUCUUAUGCUUUGGUUGGUCACCAGCUACAUCAUUUGUGGUCUGCCCCAUGGGUAGGAUAUCUAAAUCUGCACACAGGGACAGGCUAGCCUUAUUGGAGACAUCCCAGUAUGUGUAACAACUAGGGAACAGUUGGUUAUCCUGAAGAUGCAAUAUUUUUCGUGCGAUGUUACCCAGAAACUUUAAAAGAAAUGAGAGGAGAAGAUAAAAUGCUAUGCCUCUAAAUACCCUCCUUUUUUUUCAUUUAUUAUUUUGGUACCUGUAUUGGCACUGUGCCAUUGCUGCAAGUCUUUUGCCAUGUGCUAUACGGGUAUUCUGUGGGAUAACCAGCCUGGAAUUUUUCUCAGUUACUCAGUGGGAGGCGUGGGUGGAUUUUCAUGGUCUCCUGUGCAUGUGUGGACGAAAGUCCCAUCCCUAGUUAUGGCAACCCCAUGCUCAGUAGAGGCAUGGGUAAUGUUUUGAUAUAAUUUGCCAAAAAAAAGGUAAAUAGCAAUGAUAUUUGUUACCAGUGCAAGAAACAUUCUCAGUAGUGCUGGGUGAAAUGCAUUCAGAAUUAUUUUUUGUUCGCAGUGGUUUGCUAAAGUUUUAAUGAUGAUUGUUGAAUAAUGUGGUUCUGCAUGUUGAAAUGUUUGUUGUCAGGUGCUGGCUUUUAGUAUAUGGUGUAGUGAACUGCAGUCUCUUGACUGCAACUGCUGUGGCAUUUGAGAUUGUAAAGCUACCUGAAAAUUCAACUGCUGAAUGUUGCAGUGCUGACUUUUAGUCAGCUGCCCAGAGAGAAUAGCCAUUCUGGAUGAUUAAGGGAAGGGGGAGUGCAUUUUAAUUUGUCAUCUCCUUCCUUCAACUGCUUUUAUGACAUUCAGGCUCUUCCCCUUAUAUCACUUUGUGUGUGGGAGAAAGAGACAAAUGAGAGAAAGAAAGAGUGCAAGUGCAGAAGAUAUAGAGAUCCUGCUAAUAAAAAAUCAGCUUUCGGCAAUUUCUUGCUGUGGAGAUGUAACAUUCCCUACUCAAAACAAAAUGUAUUCUUUGCUAACAAUGGGUUUUCAUCCCUAAAAAAGUGCGACAGAAUAAUAGCAUUUUUUUUUUCUCUCAGUCCUCCAGUCAAGACAUUCAUGUCAAGAUUAAGAAGAAUGAAGCCCAGAAAUGAUGUCGGUUCUUGCAAAUUGUAAUUUAUAGACCUCCUCUGCCUUGGAUGCUGUGUUUUUGGAUUUCAUGCCCGUGCUCCCUAAUAGGCCAGGGAGCAAAUUAAUGCUAGGAGGCAGAGUGGGUAACGGCUAUGGCUUUUGUAGUGAUCAUUUUAAAGCUUAAUGGAGGUGGGUUAGAUGAUAAUUUGGUGAUAUUUUUAUGACAGGAAAUUAGAUAUUCUUCAGGACAUUUUUUCAGACAUACUUAGGAUAGUGGGCUUAGUGGGAGGUAAUUAUUGACUGGGGAAGAGGAAGGAGCAUCCACAGCAGGCUUGCUCGCCAGUUAUUCAUCUCUGACUUUUUCCUUCUUCUUUUGGAAGUACAUCUACACAGAACUGUUGAGAAAUGGUCUAGCACACGUGCCAGCAGACCAGUCGAUUGAUGUUAGGAGCUUAGCAGCCUCACCGCCAUUGCUUUUGACAGGUGUAGGAGCACAAACUCUCGCCUGAUUGUAUAAAGUAGACCUUGGGCAUCUGGAAAUGGGAAAUAAUCCGUACAAAGAAGAAACGGAGCUCUUUCGUUUUUCUUUACGCAGAAACUUUUGUGUAAGGGAGGUUUGUUUUUAGUGUGUGGUGCGAUCCUUGUAACUUUUGGUCCAGGUGAGCGAGCGGUGGAGUGAAUGCGAGUUAAAGAAAGGGGACAGUACCAAAAGAACAUACCUUGUAGAGCUUAUGUGAAGUAUAUAUAAAUAUACAUAAAUAUAUAUAAUUAUAUAUAUAACAAGUACAAAUAUACCUAGACUGCAAUGUACAGCUCUUCAAAGAUGGAAUGCACCUUGUCGUUAUAUGUUAAUAUCGUAAUAAAGGUGAACUGCGAUGGUCAUCGCCGUCGUCGUUGUUUUCGUCUUCACCCUCCACCCCCCAUUUUGCAUCUUGUCACAAACGGUUUGGGUCGUCUCCCACCCCGUUCCCCUUUAGCAUGUUUUUUUGUUAAGGGGGGUAGCAAGGGAAGAUUAUCACGUGUAAAUGUACUCUGCAUAUUGUUGUCACUUUUGGGGGAGCACGCCGCGUGUUGGGCGGCACAAGCGAAAAAAUUAAUAAAAGAUGAGGAGUU